UUCUACCUGGUGAGCCUGUGCUGGCUUGCGAUUGUUGGCAGCUUCCGCCCUGUGUACUGGAUGCUGAGUGGCGUCCUCCAGGGCUGCUCGCUCAGUUGCUCGGUCUACGUGCUCGCCUCCAAUUGCUUCUACUUGGGCAUGCUGCGAAACAUCCAGGCGAAAGGUCGUGGCAUGAUCUUCGCCUGUGCUGACGAGAUGGGAGCCAUUCUUCGCGAUGCUGAUGCAUUCCGAGUGGCCAGGAGGGUCUUCGGCCUGGCCCAGCGGCUGGCGACCCUCGCGCUGAAGGGUGCCAAGUGCGUGGCCAUCCCGCUGUUCGCCGCCGUCUCGGAGGAGGUGAUGCAGGAGGUCAGGGUCUUCCUGGACAGGUGCGGGUGGAGCUCGUUCACUGUCGCGGCGCAGGCCACGUACCUCGGCUGCGAGAUGGGGCCUGCCGUAACGGAGGACGAGCAGUGGCGCGCCCCGUGUGCGAAGCUGCGAGACUGA